UUGCGAGCCGGCCCCCCUUGCGACCUCUCGCCCGCCAUGUUCUCUGGCUCCAACUCGUACCUAGGGGGCGGCAACAGCGCUCGUCCGGGUCAACCUCAAUAUGGCCAACCGCAGCAGCAGCAGCAGCAGCAGCAGCAAUAUGGCCAGCAGCUGGGUCCCCAGCCUACGGGUUUUGGGGGAGCUCCAUUGGGGCCUCAACCCACUGGCUUCGGCGGCGGUCCUAUGCAACCUCAAUUCACCGGCUUCCCGGGUCAACAGCAGGGCAAUUUUCAGCAGCAGCAGCAACAACCGCAGUUCACUGGGUUUCCCGGCCAGCAGCCUCAAUCGUUCCAACAAGCCCCUCAGCAGCAGCAGCAGCCCGCGCCUCCGCAACCUCAGAGACCUCAGCCUACGGGCAUGACCUCGGCCCAGAUGGCCAACUCGUUCGUGUCCUCGAGCUCUUCCCAGCUCCCUCCUCCGCCCCCGGCUAAGACGAGCAACAAGAUCCCCAACAUUAGACUCUCCUUCAUCACAGCCACCGAUCAGGCCAAGUUCGAGCAGCUCUUCAAAUCCGCUGUGGGAACUGCCCAGGCAAUGUCUGGCGACCAAGCUCGCGAUAUCCUGAUGCGCUCCAACCUUCCGGGUGAUGCCCUGUCACAUAUCUGGUCACUCGCUGACACCACCAAAUCCGGUCAGCUCCUUUUCCCCGAGUUUGCCCUCGCCAUGUAUCUCUGCAACCUCAAGAUGACGGGCAAAGAUCUACCCCCCAGUCUUCCCGAUCGCGUUAAAAACGAGGUGUCGAGCAUGGUCGACAUCAUCUCCUUUGGCAUUCCCGAUGACCAGCCCAGCCGCCCACCUCCAGCCAGCAACGCGCCCAAGUUCGACGAGUCCAUGAAUCAGAGCUCGCAAAAUGUGCCCACCAUCCAGCAACCGCAGCCUCAGCAAUCAAACAGCCAGCUUCUCAGCUCGUUGAGUGCCCAGCCAACAGGAUUCGGCCAGCCUAUGGGUUUACAGUCUCAGCCCACAGGUUUUGGACAGGCUCCCGGGGGUUACACUGGCCCAAGACCCCCUAUGCCCCCUAUGCCUACAGGUUUUGGUGGUUCCGGCGGUCUGCAACCCAAUCCGACUGGCUUUGCUCCAUUAAACGCACAACCCACUGGUGUCGCAGGCCAAUGGGGCUUGGUCAACAAUCCUUCAACAGGCCUUCCAAACAUUGAAGCUCUUGCGCAACGCAUGAUGCCACAGACAGGCCGGGAUGCUGGAAGUAACUUCACCACGGCUGGGCUGAGUGGUAAUGCCACAAUUCCUUGGGCCAUCACCAAAGGUGAAAAGAAGCUUUAUGACGAUACUUUCAAAGCUUGGGAUGGUUUGGGUAAGGGUUAUAUUAGCGGUGAGCAAGCACUCGAGAUUUUUGGCCAGAGUGGACUUCCCAAGCCUGAUCUCGAACGAGUAUGGACACUCGCCGACUCUGCUGAUCGUGGCCGCUUGAAUCUGGAUGAAUUCGCUGUUGCUAUGCAUCUCAUCUACCGAGCAUUGAACGGAUACCCUGUGCCAAAUCGUUUGCCUGCCGAGUUGAUACCCCCAUCUACGCGCAAUUUGAAUGCUUCCAUUGGUACCAUGAAAUCUCUGCUAUCACGCGAUGCAGAAGAGAGGAAGAAUACUGGGGCCUUUCUCCAGCCCCAGCGGACUGGUGUGAGCUACUUGAAAUCGCAUUCCUUCCGUGGGAGUAGUCCAGCAGCCGGCGGCCGCAAAGAUGCAACUGUCUUCCGCAACAAUGACGACAACGCUGGCUAUCGUUCCAGUGCUCGCCAUCGGGUCGGUGCCGGCGGGCGCUCGCCCUCUCCUGCAUCUGCCACAUCUGAGCGCUCUGACGAGUUAUCCCUGGAUCAACUCAGGAAGAUGGUGAAGGAGAAACAGAUCUUGCUUGAUGCUAUGGAUACCCGUGAUGAGAAUGCUGCCGAUGAAGACGAUGCGUUAGAUCGUAGAGAUAGACGCGAAGCGGAUGAUUUGUAUCGUCGCAUUCGAAGGCUUCAAGAAGACAUCGACGCUCACCCUCAAGCGUCAUUGAGAGGCAAUGACUCCGACGCUGAACGACGUGCAUUGAAGCGCCAACUCCAGAACCUAACAGACCGUCUACCUGAGCUCGCUUCCAAUGUUCGCAGGACGGAACGGGAAAUUGCCGACGCCCAACUCGAGUUAUUCAGGCUCAAAGAUGCCAAGGCACACCCGGGAUCGGCUUCUUCUAUCGUAGGCACUGGGCCGGGCGGAUCCAUCACCGAGUCAGACAGGCUCAAGGCUCGCGCGAAAGCCAUGAUGCAGGCCCGCUCUGCUGCUCUUACAGGCAAACCCGCACCGGUUGCUGACGACACUGGCGCAGCAGCAGAACGCCUGGAAAAGGAGAGCUCCCGUAUUAGAUCUGAACGGGAGAACAAUGAACAUAUGAUUCGCGACGUAGAGGAUAGUGUCAGGGAGUACACCAAGGGACUUGAAGCAAGUCUCAAGGAGGGUGGACACGACAACACAAGCGAACAUGAGCGACGAAGAUGGGAAGAUGGUUUGGGUGUUGAAGAUGAAGUGAAAGAUUUCAUUUUCGACCUCCAGCGAAGCAGUCGCUCGAGCCGCGUUCGCAAGGAAGAUACCUCUCGUUCUGACAGUUAUUCUACGUCUCGCGCUGGAGAUAGCGGUCGUCCCGCUGCUUCGUCUCGCUACGAAAGCCCCGCACGCAGUGCUGAAACCACCCCUCGUCCAUCUUCCACCACAUCAGCAUCCUCUCACAAAACCCCCGAGGACCGUGCCGCUUUCAUCAAACAGCAAGCGGAAGCACGAAUGGCCGAGAGGCUGGCUGCACUUGGCUUGCGCCCGCCAGUCAAAGGAGGCGAGACUCCGCAGCAGCGCCAGGAGAGGGAGAAGAAAGAGAUGGAGGACAAGCGCCGACAAGCAGAAGAAGAGGAUGCACGCCGAGAAGAGGAGAGGCAGAAACGGUUGAACGAGGAAUCAUCCGCUCCACCAGUUCCGAACAAAGCGAGUGGGAAGAAGCCGCCUCCACCGCCUGCUUCAAGAAAGAACAAGGAUGUGGUUCAGCACGAUAAUAAGCAAGCAGAGUUCGAAGCCAAGAGAGUCGAGAAUGAGAUGGCCGAGAAAGCUCUCCGCGAACAGCAGGAGGCCCAGACCGCAGAGCGUCAUCGUCUAGAGGAAGAGUCCAAACGACAAGAAGCAGAUAUUGCCAAGGACGAGGAGGAGGCUCAAGCCCGAGUUCGUGCCCUUGAGGAGCAAGUUCGGCAGGGUAAGCUGAAGAAGCAAGAGGCCAAGAAGCGUAGAGAGGCAGCACAACAGGAAGCAAAGGAAAAAGAAUCGAAGCUUGCUGCAGAACGCGCCAGGAUUGAAGCUAUACGCGAGGAAGAACGCCGACUUCAGUUGCAACUGGAGAGUCUUAAUGACGACGACUCGUCCUCCGACUCGGAUGAUGAGGGCCCCCAAAACAUUACACCCCAGGGAACCACUCCGGCUGCCAGUCAAGAGCUUCCCAGAGAAACAGCGCCAGCGGCACCCCCGCCUGCUCCACCCAUGCCUCACCAGGCCAGCACUCCACCUUCAGUGGCAAGCCCUCCGGCAUCUUCACUCACAAGUCCUCACCCUGGUCUGGGUGAUACCGAAACCAAAAACCCAUUCUUGAAGAAGAUGGCGCUGUCCAACCAAGAGAACAGUCAGCCUGUUGCUACACCCCCACCUCCACCAAGCAACACCAGUGAGGUGUCUACCAACCCGUUCCACCGUCUAACCCAGGAGAACGCCAACAAGUCCACAUAUAAUGAAAAUGCGGGUCCUCCUGCCCGUCUACGACCCAAACAGGAAGAUGAUGACUGGUCUGUGGUCGAUUCAGACGAUUCGUCUUCCGACGAUGAGGAUGCCCCUCAAGGAGGAGCCAAGCAGUUGGCUUCGCUUCUGUUCGGUACUAUGGCUCCACCGCGACCACUGUCUGCCAUGGACAACAAGAGUCCUCAGCCAGAAAGCCCUGCCAUCUCCUCUCCUCCUGCUGGAAUUCCACCCCCUCCUCCCAUGCCCACAAGCGGUGCACCGCCACCCCCCCCCGGACCACCACCGCCCCCUGAGGGAGGGCCUCCUCCUCCGCCGAUGCCUGCAGCUAGAGCGCCUGCGGGACCAGCAGAUCGUGGUGCUUUGUUGAGCCAGAUUCAAUUGGGCAAGGGCUUGAGGAAGGUUGAGACUAAAGAUAGGAGCCAGUCUUCGACUGCUGGGCGCGUUUUGUAGAGUAACCGGAGGUUGUCACAAAGCUAUAUGUACUUGUAGCCCUUGAAUAUAUUGAAUAGUCUGCUAAAAUUUGUAAUCUUGCCACCUCAAAUUCGCAUCUAUCGCCGAGAAGGCAAAGCGUGUAGAGGCAAAUCACUAUGUAUCUAUAGCUGCGCUCGCCUAUUUAGCAGUGGAAGCAUCACUUUCCCCCAGUGGCCAAUGUUUCUUCGAGCAGUGGCAUUUAACACUAUGCAUACCAUGUGUCUC